UUUAUAAUAGCCGCGUAAAUAUAUAUAUUUUUAGCACUCUCAAUUCAAAAUUGUGUAUACAUCGAGUGUUGUAGAGCGACCCCUUCAAGUCACAAUACGUGGUCAACACGCAAAUCGUGAGAUGGCGCCGGUAAAAUCCGACCUAAGUGAUGAACUCAUUGAGUCAUGACCACUUCCUCGUAAAGAAGCAUAUAUAUACUCCCUCUCCAACUCUCCUAUCCAACAUAACCAUACCUCCUAAUUUUCUUUCUUAACCAAACAAACAAAAAUCUUUUAUUACCUGACUACUUCGAAGCUCCUCCUUAUUCUUUUUACGCAAAGCAGAGAAAGCAAAAUAAUAUGAGGAGAGUUAGUUGGUCUACUAUUUUGAUCGUGGUGAUGAUGGUGUCGUUGUUGGUGGUAGAACACGUGGUGGUUCCUGCCGCGGCGGGGAGGGUUCUAAUGGAGAAGUCAGGAGACGGAAGAGCGACGGUGAUGAGUGUGGAGAAGAUGAAGUCGACGGUGGGUUCCUGGUUUCAGCGUCUGGCUUCAGGUCCUAGUCCAAGAGGUCGUGGCCAUUAAAACUAGUUUUCUUUUUUCAAGCUGGAGGAGAUGGAUUAGUGUCGAUAUAACCAAUAUGUAUACAAAAAAAAUAUUCAAUUCAUUUAUUUCUUUGUUGUUUGAUCUCUAGGGUAAAUUCACAUAUUUAGCCAGUAGAAACCAAACCAUCAUUUUGACCCCGAAAGUAAAUAUAUCUUACACCAUCAUUAUACAUGUACAUUACAAGUUCGAUUUGAACAAAAUUUCCCAAGUCAGAAUAUUACAACCUAGUUUCGGCCACCCACUAGAUCCAGCAUAUUCUGCUAAGUCGUUUUUAAAAUCUUAAGGAAUCGGUAACCGUUCUCGACCAUUAACGAUGACCACGGUACAUCCUUACUUUUGUUGGUUGUUAAUUUCAAUAAGAUUGUGUACUCUGCCUUUUGCGAGAGAAUUAUUUGUGUGGUU